UUAAACUGGUUUAAGAUCGCUUGAUGAAAAUGGGCCUUAGGCGUUACUGCGAUGAGCCACUCGUAACUUUGGGGCGAUAUACUCAUAGAUAAAGACGAGUAUAUACGGAUAUAUUGACAAUGCUGUCACCAUACAAAUCCUUUGUAUCGGCUGGGCUGGAUGUGAUCCGCCCGAUUAGGGCGUAGCUUCGCUUAGCAUGGGCAAAGUCAAGUUGUGUCCAACCCUCAUCUGUCUGGGAACCCCGUGCGACUGGUGUUACAUUUCGAAUGAGGGGAGAUGUAUCGGUUGCCCGUCUAGGACACGGUACAUCUCCCCAGUCACCGCCCCCCGUGGCCUACACUUGAAUUAUCCUAAACGCUUUGCAUGUUUUGUGUGACUUUUCGUGUCGCUUUAACGUGAUUCGCAUGUUGAAGCCUGUGUGCACUGUUUGGUACUGGCUGGUGAUGGUGAACAAUUUUACUCACUUUAUCUUUUGUUUCUCUCUUCCUGUCCCGCUUGUGGUCCCCGUUGUGCAUGCUUGUUAAGACGUGUUUGAUGAUCCGGAGCUGUCCACCACUCCCACUAACGCCCCCUGUGGCAUGCCGAUCCACGCUGUUAAUCCACUCGAGGGGUACUGCCGGGUGUCGCUGUGUCACGGCCAGUCCAGUCUCAGUCCGAUCUCGGGCUCGAUUGAUCUGGAGUCGCCCGGCGACUCGCCGUUAACGGUGGCUGUCGAGGAUUUUGCCUCGGGCGACUUGCCGCUGACGGAGACCAAUCUGGCGCUGUUCACUUCUGAGCUGCUGAGCAGCAGCCGGCACUCGUGCAAGACGAGCAGCACCAACGAACUGCCGCUCUCCGACCUGAGGUUUCGUAGCCGAUUGGCCAGACAGACCACGGUGGACAGCCAGACGGACGAGACGUCCCUGGAGGCGAACUGGGACACGGACGUCAAGCAGGCCGACUGCAAAGUCCAUCAGCGCUCGCUGUCCGAUCCGAAUGUCUUGAAAAGGGAGUGGAUUAGCAGCUCGGACAAGAGUUUCCUGCUGCAAAAGUACCGGGAGAGCUUGAACAGGGCCGGAACUGGCACGCCCAACCGGCUCGCCCCCAUUGAAACGCGUCGCUUGCACGAUCCGGAUGCGCCGCACUGUCCGCUUUGCGUUCCACGCGCCGCCUCCCAUCUCCUGGCCUUUUUCUCCUCGCGUCGCUCUUUGUCGCACCACCCCGCCAAUCCCUGUGUGAUCAACCCUUGCGUGUCCUAUGCAGAGUGCGGGCAAGCCACCAAACGCCACCGACACAGUAUUUCCGGACAGAUGAGCUACUUUAAGGUUAUGGGGCUCAGCUACGGGAUGCCUGCUGUGAAGAAGAUGGUGGCCGGAAGCACCAACAGCCUCUUCUCGACGGCGGUGAUUUCCGGCAGUUCCAGCGCCCCCAAUCUGCGCGAUAUGAUUCCCAGCACUGCCAGUGGCUCGGCUAUAGAAGGGUAUGGAGGCGUGCCGCCGAUUCGGCCCCUGGAGACGCUGCACAACGCGCUCUCCUUGAAGCAAAUCGACGCCUUUCUGCACCGCAUGACCACCUUGCAAUUGUACCGAACGCCGUCGUCCACGCCCCCUAAGAACCCGUCCACCCCAGUGCCCACCCCUACCGGCAGCCUGGUGGAGUAUGGGAAGGCCGAAACGUUGAAGCUGCAGUCGCCCAAUAACAGUGUGGGAUGGAGCGGCCCACCCAGCUUUGUCAGCAGCGGGCCGUCCUCGCCAGGCCUGUCGGACUCCAACUCGAAGGAGAGCAGCGAGAUGUCGUCCAGUAUCAUCAGUGGCGACGGCAUGAACCUUGACGACCUGAGCCGAAUAUUCCCCACUGCGCCUGGACUGGACGACUUGGGCCGCUUGGGGAUGACGUUAGGCGCCUACGAUCGCGACAGCUGCGGAUCGCUAGAGUUCUGCGACUACUACGCUACUAUGCAGCGUCGCCCAGAGGAGAGUGGUGAGCUGACGCCCGUUUCCCACGACUCCGAAAUGGAGCACAGCGAUUUCUCGCCGCCUCCUGACUUCGACAAUACGCGCACCAUCACCAGUGCCAUGGUGGACAACUGCAACUCGCUGCGGUCCAACUUGGGUGGCUAUGCGGGCCCCAUUGUGCCAUCUAGCGCCAACGUGCUCCUCUACAGCAACGACCUGGAGGGGCGCAAGGUGUCCAACAUCAAGCGGGCUCAGUCGCUCUACAGCAGGAAAACCGACGACACCAUCGACAUCAGGGACUUGGUGAAAGAUUUCGACAAGGAAGCGUCCAACUGCAACAUGGCCAAUGUGGGAACGAAGAAAUGGACCACCAGCAAGGAGCGGUUCUUUGACAUCACCAAGAGCGACAACAUCGACUUGGGGCGCAACCUCAAUACGGGGACGAUUAAGAAAGUCGAAAAGGAUCGCACGGAUUUCACCGGGAAUCCGGGCUCCAUUCUGGUUAGGGAAGGGUACAUCGAGCCUCCCCGCGUGUCCAAAGUGAGCAACAGUCAACUGGGAGCUGCAGGCGCCUUUAGAAGAGCUAGCGAUGUACCGAUGCGGAGCAAAAACCUCCAAGAUGCCAGCACGGCCAGACAGGACGAGCCAUGGAGGGGCAGGCCUCAGUUUGUCACCCAAAUGUCGCAGCCCUGCAGCGAAACUCACAGACCGUCGGGCAGCAUGCCGAGGAAAACGUCUUUAACCACGGAACUGGCUACCAGGAACGCACGAUUUACCACCACUAAAGUGGACGAGGCUGAGCAUGCGGCUUCAGUGGGAAGCUGCCAGAAGCGCGCGGCCACUGCCCAUGUCCCCAGUCUAGAGCCGGAGAUGCUGUUUAAGAGAAAGAAUCGAGACGAUGCGACUGAUUGUGAGUAGUUUGUUAAGUUUAUCAAUUUGUCAGUAUUAUAGUCAAAUUCAAUGUCCCACAGAGUAUUAGGGGUGUAUGAGUUCUUGCAAAUAAAACCAUUAUCACAGAGUGA